CUCGGUGUGUGUCUGUGUGUGUGUGUGUGUGUGUCUGUGUGUGUCUCUGUGGUUGUCUAUGACCUGUGGCAGGAUGGCUGUGAGCUGGUGUGGGUGGCUGCUGCCUGUGUCAGCCUGUGACCUGGUGUUGGGAGCUUUGCUGCAGCGCUCGGCCUGGUUCCUGUCUCUGGGUUGGGGCAGUUUGCUGGGCUGCUGGCUGGGAGGUCUCCUCAGACUGGCCUUACUGAGCAGCCUGGUGCUGUCUCUGGAUCUCGUGUCCAGCUCGGGAGGGAGAGGCGGGGGCUGGCAGCGGCUGCUGUUUGCUGUGUGUGUGUGUCUCCUCGUCCCUCUCUAUGGCAGUGUCCGGCUGUUGCUGUCAGACACACAGGCUCUGAUCUCCAUCCCCGGCUGCUGGGCACUGCUUCACGCUCUCUCAGCCUUCGCUAUUAUUGCUGGGGAGACACUGUUCCCCACUGAUUUCGAGCAGCUCCGCCCUGAACGGCCCUCGGCUCCCGGACAGACCAGCGACAAGGACACGGCCAAAGCCACCCUUGGCCGACUCCUCUCUUACUCCCGGCCGGACGCCAUCCCUCUCAGUGGAGCGUUUAUCUUCCUCACACUGGCAGUUAUUGGUGAGAUGUUUGGGCCCUAUUACACGGGGCGGGUGAUCGAUGUCCUCUCCGCUCACUACGAUCAGCAGAUCUUCAUGACAGCGAUUUCCUGCAUGUUCCUGACGUCCAUGGGAAGUUCCAUUGCUGCCGGCCUGAGGGGAGGGCUCUUCAUGUUGACAUUGUCCAGAUUUGUCAAGCGUCUCCGGGGGCAGCUCUUUGGCUCCAUCGUUCACCAGGAAAUCGCCUUCUUCGAAUCGACGCGAACAGGUGACAUAACCUCUCGUCUCUCCACGGACACCACCCUCAUGAGCCGUUCCGUCGCAUUAAACAUCAACGUCCUCCUGAGGAGCCUGGUUAAGACGAUUGGAAUUCUUUCCUUCAUGUUCUCGCUGUCCUGGCAGCUCACCCUCCUCACCUUGAUCGAGACACCACUGACGGCAAUAAUCCAGAAACUGUACAAUCAAUAUCACCAGAAACUGCUGACACAGGUGCAGGAUUCCAUCGCCUAUUCCAGCGAGCUUGCUGCCGAGACCGUCUCUGGGAUCCGGACGGUGCGGAGCUUUGCGAUGGAGGACAAGGAGUUUGGUCUGUAUCAGGAUCGGCUCAUGGACACACAGAAACUGAAAAACAAGAGAGAUUUGAUCCGGGCCGUUUAUCUACUGUGUCUAAAACAUGUCCAGCUGCUCACACAGGUCCUGAUGCUGUACUUUGGGCAAAACCUGAUCCAGACCGGUCACAUGACCAGCGGCCGCCUCAUUGCCUUCAUCCUGUACCAGAUGGACCUGGGCCGAUACGUGCAGACCCUGGUCCACAUCUACUCGGAGAUGACACACUCAGUGGGGGCGGCAGAGAAAGUGUUUGAGUUUCUGGACCGUGUUCCCACUGUCCCCACCAAUGGGACCAGAGCCCCAGAGAUGCUGAGCGGCCACGUUCAGUUCAUCGACGUGUCCUUCUCCUACCCCAGCCGGCCAUCCGUCCCCGUGCUAAAGAAAGUCUCCUUCGAGCUGCGUCCGGGGGAGAUUACGGCGCUGGUGGGAGUCGGCAGCGGCAAGACCACGUGUGUGUGUCUCCUCGAGAGGUUUUACCAGCCACAGUCCGGCCAGAUCCUGCUGGACGGGAGGCCCAUUGAGGAAUAUGAACAUCACUAUUAUCACAAGGCGGUCGGCCUCGUGGCUCAGGAGCCCACGCUGUUUGCUCGCUCUGUCCACGACAACAUCGCGUAUGGGUUCCCGGACUGUCCGACGGAGCGAGUGACUGACGCUGCUCACAGAGCUAACGCCCACACAUUCAUAGAAAAGAUGGAGCACGGCUACAACACGGAGGUGGGAGAGACAGGAGGACAGCUGUCUGUGGGACAGAAACAGCGAGUGGCCAUCGCCCGCGCCCUUCUCCGUGACCCGCGUGUCCUGAUCCUGGAUGAGGCCACCAGCUCCCUGGAUGUGGAGAGUCAGCACAAGAUACAGGAGGCGGUGUCACGGUUGCCAGAACAAACGGUGAUGGUGAUUGCCCAUCAGCUAAAGACCGUGGAGAGAGCAGAUCAGAUUGUGGUUAUUGAGAAUGGGAUGGUGGUGGAGGUGGGUAACCACAGCAAUCUGAUCGCAGCCGAGGGCUCCUACUUCCGCUUGGUUCACAAGCUCUUCAGCAGUGAAGGCAACGGCCAGUCAGCCAACGAAUCGAGCAGCUCAACACACAACUCACCAGGCACACAGUAACCCUGAGUGAGCACUGAGCCAUAUCCUGCUUCACAGCCUUAACACAUCCAUCAUCGCUCUGUCACAUUCUGUCCACUCUGCUGGAGUUCACAAAAACAUCAUUGUAUUUAGUCCAGGAAAUUCAGGAACACUUAUUGGUCUUCAGUAAAAAAAAAUGAUUUGUUCAUUCAAUCCAUGACUGU